CUGCCUGAGUCGCGAGGCGAAUGACAAAGUUUGUUGGGGAAGUUUAUAAUUGCUGAAAUUAUGUGAAUUUAGCUUGUAGUAAAUGAGCAGUUAAUAUACUUAAUGAUGUAGACAUAUAACUUUCUAAACCACUAAAAUUUCACGAUGAUUUGGAGACGGAGAAGAUCUUGACAUGGAUUGGGCUGGAGCUGGUCCUCUCGGAGAAGAGGAUGUUGAAGAAUUGCGUUCAGAGCGCUCUAUACGAGGACUCAAGUCGGCAGAAGAAAUAGAGAGGCUGACAGUUGACGAAAACCUCGACGAAAUAGAACGGUCUGUCUUUCUUAUGAGUUCUGGUAUAGAGACACAAAAACUGAGUGUCUUGAAUAAAUUAGGAAAACUACUUGAAACAAACAGCAGUGAUGUUAAUCGCAGAGUUAUCCCAUUGUUAAGGGAUUACUUGCAUAUAGCACCUGUUCACAUACAACUAGCUGCAACAAAGACAUUUAUGAAUAUUCUUCAGACUUCUUCAAUUCCCAUUUAUCUGUUUGCUUCAUCAUUAUUGUCUAUCAUCCUUCAUAAUAUAGAAAACAAAGACUCAGUUGUAGCCAGUGCAUGGCUGGAAGCACUACUGUUCUCCAUAAAUUAUUUACCAAAAGAUAUCAUUAAAAGAGAGGUGUUGCCCAUAGCAAUAGCAAAGGGUCAGCUUUCACAAUCUGUMACUUGCCGUCUUGCAAGCUGUAAGCUUCUUGGAAAUAUUGCUCCAAAAUUUGAGCCAUUUUGGAUCAAAAAGGAGUUAAUGACCCUUGUUACUUCAUUAUCUCAAGAUGUUGACUAUGAAGUCAGAGCAUGCAUGUGUCAAGAACUAGAACCAGUAGCAAGAGCRUUAGGGUGGGAGACAACUAAAACAAUGAUUAUUCCUGAACUGGUUGAACUAACUAAUGAUGAGGAAAACAGUGUUAGACUUGCUGGUUUAGAAACUAUCACAAAUCUUUUAAAUCUUCUGGAUGAUGACACUUGCACUAAAAUCAUCAUUCCACUUGUGCAAAGGUUUUGUGAAAACUGUUCUAAAUAUGGGAAGGAGUCSAUUUGUAAAGUUGCAAAGUUAUUUGGAAAGUUGUGCCAUGGGUUGUCAGUGAAUUUUGAUGAAAGUCAAAAGAAAUGGUUCCUGGAUUAUUAUAGAAAAUUAAGUGUUUGUGGAAAUCCAAAUAUAGAAAAUAGAGUAGGUUGUGUUACAUUAGCCCUACAGAAUUACAGUUUAUCUGGAGCUACAAUACAAGAUGAUGACCAUGCUGAAUGUCGACGUUGUUGUGCUUUCAAUUUACCAGCAAUGGUGCUGUUUUCGGGACCUCAAAGGUUCAGUACUGAAUUAUAUUCAACUUUUCACAACCUGGUACAAGAUCCUCAUGCACUUGUUAGAAGAACUGUAGCAUGUGGAUUUCAUGAGGUUGCAAAACUCCUUGGUUCUGGUGUUGGACUGACCCAAAGAGAUUUAGGUAUAUUAUUAAAAGAUGAAUCCAUUGAGGUCCUACAAGGCCUUAUACAAAAUUUACCAGAAAGUUUAGAAUGUUUAGCAACUAGUGGACAUGCAUCAAAGGUAUCAGUUAUAAUCAUCUCAAUAUUUUGUACCUCAAUAUUUUACAAUAUGGCUACUUGUGUUUUAUUUUGUAUGAUAAUAUUCCAGGUUGCAAAACUCCUUGGUUCUGGUGUUGGACUGACCCAAAGAGAUUUAGGUAUAUUAUUAAAAGAUGAAUCCAUUGAGGUCCUACAAGGCCUUAUACAAAAUUUACCAGAAAGUUUAGAAUGUUUAGCAACUAGUGGACAUGCAUCAAAGUUAAAUAAUUUAUCAGACUUAAUAGCAUCAUUAAUAGCUUGUGAGCUUGCUGUGGCAUCUUCAAGUAAUUGGCGAUUACAUGUAGAACUCUUGGAGAAGUUUGCUUGCUUCCCAAAAUGCCUAACAUCAGAACAGAUCUACUAUAAGUUUGUUCCAUUACUGUUUCGGUUACUGUCUUCAAAUCGUGUUUUACCUGUCAAAUUAAAGGCAGCACAUACUCUGUGUGUCUUCAUAAGGUUUAACAGACGAUUUGAGCAUCGACAAGAAUUGUGUUGUAGGUUGAUUCAAGAGUGCGGAAGAGGAAAAAGCUUCAAAUCUCGACUACUUUUUAUUGAUAUAUGCAAGUAUAUAAUGGAGUUGUUUUCACGGAGCUUUUUCAAAGAGAAUUUCUUUGAAUUCCUGUUAGAGUUGGCAUCGGAUCCAGUGUUAAAUGUUCGGCUGAAAUUCUGUUCUGUUUUACCCACACUGAAAUCUGUUCUCAAGUUAUCUGAUCGUGCAUUGUUGCAACAAUUGGAACAGUGUGUACGUAAAUUGCUCAGUUCUGAACAAGAACCAGAUGUAUGUUCUGCAGUGCGAGAGGCCGUAAUGAAACUUGAUAAAAUUGAAAUUGCAAUGGAUACUUUCUCAAGGCGAACAAUGUUUGAGGAUGAUCUUAAUGACCAGAAAAAAGAAGAGGAGGAAAAAUUAUUGAAAGCUUUGGAGGACAAAGAAAAAGAAGAGAUGACAGGUGGCCGUCAACAAUCUGACUUUCGCAAGAAGGGAACAUCAAAGGACGAUAAAAACGCGAAAAAAGGAUCUAUUAAGAAUAAAACUAGCAAAACAGAAAGAGAAAGCUCUAACCCCAAGAAAACAGUGAAUGCGCAAAGUACUUCAGGGACGUCAGUGUCUUCCAAACAAGGCCAAAAAGGGACUUCCUACACAUCAAAAAGUAGCAGCUCCUCUAAGGGUUCUCCAUCAUCGAGUCUACAACGAUUACCAACCUUGUCAUCUGCAUUACCCACUCUCCGCGACCCUCCUACGUCAUCAAAAACAAAAUCCAAAAUAGAUAAAACUUCCCUGUUCAAGACAAAUCGGAUAAAUAAGGAAUCGGUAUCUACGCCRCAACCAUCAAAACUGCAAUUAUACUGACAUCCAUCAAAGACAAUAAG